CUAUGUGAAACAGUAUUGUUUUCUACCGGAGACAAAAAUGUGUAGUACCGCGAUUGAAGGGCAACAAACCUAAAACAUGUUGGCGCUUAUUUUGUUAUUUUGUUAAUAUAUUUUUUUUUAUAAUGUGGGUCGCCAGGCAGUUUCUAACAUCUAUAGUCCAAAGAGCGCAGCCUGGUUUAUUCCGAGGGACCCCACACUGCUCCCUGCCCAAGUUUGAGCUUCGUUAUCUGCAGUGUACAUGCUGCUGGAGGAGCCGUGUCCCUGUGGCCGGUUUUGAGACUUUAAACGCAUCCAUUGUCGGAUCUGGUCCCUGUAAAGACGAUGACAACAAGCCGCUGGACGCCUACUACACACCUGAGCAAAAAGAAGCUAUCCUGAAACUUCUCAACAAUGCAUCGCUACCGGAGCUGUCUGGGGUCAAACUCCUCCGGGGUCGAAAAUCUCUCAACAUUGUAGAUUACAGGACUAAAAAUGGACCCUUUAAGACUCUGGAAAGCGUGGUGAAUGUACCACUUCUCAAACACAAAAGUGCAGUAGUUGUGUUUAACUCUAUUCUUAAUCCUGUUAAAAAGGAGCGAAAGGUUAAAAUUAAUCUGGCCAAGUUUAUCAGACCCGAAGUUGAGAGGUCCUGGCUGGAGGAUGCUGGUUCUAUAGUUUCCAUUGUAUGUGGAACAAAUAAAAUAGCCUGGGCACAUGUCGAUCGAGGGAUGACUCUCUUGGAUUGGCAGCAGAUGGAAUGCCCCAACUUUCUCAAAGGAACUUACAUGGCUUCUUUCUACCUCACUGAUGUUUCUACAGUUGUGGAAAAUCUUCCUGAAGCGGACUUCUACAUCAUUGAGAAAUCUUCCAUCUCUGUUCAGAAUACAGCUUUGUUCCCUAUAAUGGCUCAUAUGAGAACAGUGGAGGCCAUGCUUUUUGCUUUGCUGGAGCCCCGAGUCCCUCAACCCGAACCAAACAUCCCUCCAAGAGUUCUGAACAUGAUGCGCACAGCCGUAGGGCGCCAUUUCGGGCUCAUGGUGGGUGAAUCUCGGACCAGUGGGGCAGAGACUGUGAAAAAACUAAUGACAGAAUCAGUCACUCAAAAGUUGCCGAGGAUAAACUUCCCUUCGGAGCUCUUAGUCAAACACAGGAACUCAUUUCAGAUGGGUAGUCGACGCUCAGGGGAGGAGCUGUGCGAUGCUUUGCUUCAGGCCGUGGCUUUUUAUGAGCUGCUCAAUGAAUCGUCUGGAUAAUUGUUACACGUAUGCAGCGGACACUACCUCCACCACACAAGAAACCAAGUUGGAUUUUCAAGAUGUCCAAUUCUGCUGCUGUAAACCUUUUGAUACACUUAUAGGUUCUUGAUAUUAAACUGGUGGCUAAUUGUGUUCA